AUGCUGCACUUGGAGAACCAGGGCUUUGAGCCGCAGGACGCGCAGCAUCUGCUUCGGCGGGCCAGGGAUCUCUGCUCCGACAUGGAUGCAACGCUACGGGAUGUCCGGGUCUCCAGCAGAUAUCUCGAGUACGAUGUCUCGAUAGCAAAGGAACGGAUGGAUGAGCUGGUGGCCAGGCUAGGACCCGUGGGGCCGAUCAGCCGCUCCAAGCACUUGGUGGAGGAGGAGAUAGAGAAGGAGCAGGCAGUCAGGGACGGCAUAUCGUGCUUUAACGACGAACGGUUCUGGGAGGCCCACGAGAUGCUGGAGGGCGUAUGGAAGCGGUCCCUUGAGGGCGAGCGGGAUCUGGUGCAGGGGAUAAUUCUUGUGGCUGCCGCCUUUGGCGCUGGCAAAGCUGUCAAGCUCCAGCGGCACUUAUCGAGGAAUUGA